AUGAUGGACCGCCCCAACGACAGCGCGUCUCAAUCGCGUGCUCAUCAUGCAGAAAGAAGCGGAUGCGGGCCACCGAGUAAGAAAUAUGUAGAGUCUCUUCAAGCUCGCAUAGCAGCUCUCGAGGCUCAAUUAUCUUCCAUUCAAUGCCCCGCGACCGAACAAGGUAUUGCGUUGGAUGCCAAGGAGAGUAUUUUGUCCGAUACAGACAAGACCUCGAUGUACGAGGAGUCGAGUUCUGGGGACAGGGAUCCAGUCUCAGAAAUUACGGGACUUUUGGGAUCUCUGAACAUGAGCACCGAUGGACAGCUCCACUACUUUGGGUCCCAAAGCAGUUACCAUCUGGUUCGCAGCCGAAUGACAGAGGAUGCGACAAAACCGACAGCUAGCCCUCAAGAGCAGGGACUCGCUGCCGUGGAGCAGCUCGGACAUCACGUCUCAAUCUCACAGGAACUAGAGGCCCACCUACUGGACUUGUAUUGGAGAUGGUCUAAUCCUUGGAACUACAUCGUACACAAAGAGACGUUCUUAAAGGACUACCACGAGAGACGUGGUGUAUACUGCACGCCACUUCUCCUGUCGGUUGUUCUUGCUCAUGCAUCUCGCUAUUCAGAUCGAACAGAGCUACGGACGGUGCCAGACGACCCACACACAGCCGGUAGAGCUUUCUUGGACCAGGCAAAACUGCUGUAUCUAUAUGAGAGCGAGGCUCCCACUGUCGCUACCGUGCAGGCAGCUGCUCUCAUGGCAUUAAGAAUCAUGGCAGAUGGUAAAGAGGCGCUGGGCUGGUUGUAUUGCGGGAAUGCAACGAGAAUGGCAUUCAAUCUCGGCCUCAAUCUCGAUUGCUCUCACUGGGUGGCUACGGGCCUCAUCUCGCCAGAGGAAGCCGAGGUUCGUAAAGUUGCCUGGUGGGGCUGUUAUGUUGUCGACAAUAUUAUCAGAGACUCAGAAUAUUCGCCUUGGGCACCAGAGUCACAAGCGAGCAACCCGCGUUUAGGCGCUCAUGCCCACAUUGCUUCUGUCUCUCACUAUGUCUCGGAGCAUAUGAACAUAGCCUGUGAGGCGAUGGACGAGAUCUACGCGCCAAACAGCUCGUUAUCCGAGCAAGCUAUGGAGAGUCUCGUCAGCUCUGCUGAAGUCGAUAUGCGGUCAUAUUACAACACUUUGCCGAGCUUCUUGCGCCUCCCUCCUUCGCCGCGACGCUUCAUCCCCAUUGCAGCGGUCCAGGACGCUUUUUCUGCCUCUGUGAUCCACCUCAUCGACGCCCGACCAGGUGAACACCCAAGCCGACGUCAGGCAGUGCGUCAUCUUCAAAUCUGCGUCGACGCUUUGCAGGAAAUGAAUCUGGCGUGGAAUGCCUGGAGCUCGAGAGCUCUGCGCGCGCUUCAGCUGCUGGCGCAGGAGUGGUUCCCAUCUCACGUUGCAGAGCUCGGCGCUCUCAGCCCUGUCGUUGACAGUGGAGACCAAGACGCGAGUACCUUGGUGACUGGCCAGGAACCAGAGGUGGCGGGCAUUGGGGAAGCGACCAAUACUGAUAUCGAUGAUCUAAGUUUCCUUUUCGAGUUCUCAGCACCCGAGGAGAUGGAUGCGCUAGUUCGAGAUUGGCUUGCAGAUGGUAUCCUGGAUCUUCCCUUGUAA